GUGCACGCGGCAGCAGCAGUGGCGCGCGAGCAUUCAGAGCUCUGAACACAUCACGAAGACCUCGCGCAGGACGUCCGACACAACGUGGAGAUAAAGUUUUACCAUCUCUACUCUGACUUUUUUACACUUUUGUGGGUUCACACUACAAUGUGAGGAGAAAUGGCCGGGACUAGUGCUGAUUGGGUGGAGAUCCUGGAGCCUCGUUCACAAGAGCGCAUGUAUGUGAAUCUGACCACGGGAGAAUGUGGUUGGGAACCACCCACCAAUGUACCCAUCCGCCAGGCUGAUGGCAACCAAUGGUGGGAACUUUUCGACCCUCAGAGUGGCAGGUUCUACUACUACAACUCUGCUGGCCGUAUCACAGUGUGGCAUAGACCGCAGGGGGCAGAUAUUGUCCCUCUGUCUCAACUCCAGGCCAUGAAGCGCAACACGGCGUUAGAACGUAAAACUGAUGGGGGCACUAAGGAAAGGCAACAUGGGAAUCAAUCCACAGGCAGUCAAGAUAGACACACCCCACUACCACCCAUGGAGCCCUACAAUAAAGAGCCAGAAUGUGCCAGCAAAGAGCCUAAAGAACCAGAAAUGGACAACAGACAGAAGCCAGACAUCCACGUUUCAGACAUCAACAAAGACUCACUCAGGCAAGAGCAAAGAGACUCAUCUCAGAAAUGGCAGCCCUCUCCUGGAUCUAAAGCCGCUAUGUUGGUAAAGGUCAGUAGCAUUGGAAGGAGCCAGACUCGAGGAACCAACGGAGCUUCCCUUCAUCUCCCACAAAGCAAAGCCAGUGAUCACAGUGCCUGCACACUCACUCCUGGCAGUGUCAAAUCUGUUUCAGGCUACAUGCUGUCACCGCAGGCUUACAAAACCACACCAGGUGGAAAGAUAGCAGCAGACUCAAGGCAGGCCCACCACUUGAGGAAGGCGAGCAAUGGUAGCUUCUGCCUGGUGACCUCUGGGGACUGUACGACCUCUUCUCUACGACCACAGUCCAGUUCAUCUAGGCCAGUCUCUCCUCAGUAUGGAGCAACUGCACGGUUUUAUGAUGACCCAUCAUCUGAUUGCCCUAUUUAUGAUGAGCCCCCAGUAGAUAUGGAGGUUGAAGGUGCUCACUUACACAACGGCCUCUCCAGACACAAUCACAGCCUCCAGAAGAUGAAACUCCUUCAGCAUCCAGCUCAAUCUCACACCAGCUCCAGACACAAGAGGAACCCCUCUGAUUAUAGUCCGGCAGGCUUGGAGUGUAUCAAGCAUAUGGUGAAUGUAGAUCCCAAACAAGGGCUUCUUUCCUCCUCACCGAUCCCUUCUCCCAGCCCCUCUCCAACCUCAGCAUCUGAAUCUCUGCUUCUCCCAACAAGGGGACACUCGAAGGAGCCCACCAGUCUGGAGAAGAAGCAGUCAUUGAGGAUCCUAGAAGCAAGUGUGCUCAGAGCUAUGGAAGUGCACCACAGCCGGCAGGGAAGCCAAGGAUCUCAAGACUAUUCCACACCACCUCCUCCCGCUGUUAGCUACCAGGACUCUGGUUACUCUACUGGUCCAUCUCCUAGCAUUCGGAGAAAGAGCAGGAGGAGAAUAGGUGCUGGAGCCCAGGGUCGCCCAGGCUCUGUGGGCAGCACUGGGGAGCUCACUGCUCUGAAUGAGCGUCUCAUGGAAGAGAUGAGGGAGGUGGUCAGUCGCUCAAACACAAUGCGGGAGACCAAAACCAGUCUGGACUCUGAGAUGUCGGAAAGCUCUUCCUCUCAGCGCACACACAGCGUGGGACGGUGCUCAUCCAGGGAGGAUGUUGGAUCUUGCAGCAGGUCACUAAACAGGACAAAUAACAAUCCCAGUAUGGCCUUCACACCUCUGGAUAUUCCAGGAAGACAGAAGCGGACUUAUGAAAAAGUGGACACGCUUGAAAAGAGUUUGACUUUGUCUUUGCCGGAGACUCCUGGACCCCCCUCACAGGCAGGAAAUGUAGAGCCAAAGGUUCAGUUGGACAGCAGAAAGAAAGGUAUGGUAGACAACAGAACAGGUUCCCUUGGCCCUCAUCGUCACAUAGCCAGCGAGACCAAUUUGCAGGGAGGUGAUGGUGCUGCCUACCAGCUAUCCUACGCCACCCUCCGUCAGCCUCCACCUCCAGACACCAGCAUGACUGACUGGGCCAGCAAACACCUGAACAUGCACACCCAGGGCCUUUUCCGGCGCAGAGUGUCUAUUGCCAACAUGCUGUCCUGGAACCGUGGCUCCAUCAAGAAACCCAUGCUGAUGACCAACGACCGCACUGUCCGCAAAGAAGCCUGUGAAAUGUUUAAGUUGGUCCAGGCUUACAUGGGGGACCGACCUUCACGGCUAGACCGCCGCCAUGCAGCUCUUCUCAUAGUCACUAAAUGCUGGGGCAUGCAGGGCCUGAGGGACGAGCUCUACGUUCAGCUCGUGAGGCAGACCACAGGAAACACCAGCCCGCGGAGCCUGGCUGCAGGCUGGGAGCUCAUGGCUGUGUGUCUGGCCUUCUUCGCUCCUUCACCCAAGUUCUGCUGCUACCUGGAAGGAUACAUUCAGCGGCACAUAGAGCCAACCAAUGACAAGAAAAUAACCCAAUUCAUACUGGACCAGCAGGAUAUUAAAAAGAAGAACUCCAAGUCAAGAAAGAAGAGAAAACAAAGCUCAGAAGAGGAAGCAGAAGCUCUCCCAAUCAGCACAUAUGCCAAAUACUGUUACCGGAAACUCCAGAAAGUAGCCGUUACUGGAGGAAAAAAGGGUCUGCGUAAGCCUAGUUUGGAGGAGGUGGACCACAGUCGGCGGGCCAUCUUAACCCCUUCACUGUUCGGCAGCUCUCUAGAGGAAGUGAUGGAGCGGCAGAGUGAACUCUUUCCAGACAGGAAGCUGCCGUGGGUGCAGGUGCAGCUCUCUCAGUAUGUGCUGGCUCUGGGUGGAGCUCAGACUGAAGGCAUAUUCAGGGUCCCCGGUGACAUCGAUGAAGUGAAUGCACUGAAGCUACAAGUGGACCAGUGGAGGAUUCCUGAAAAUUUGUCCGACCCCAAUGUUCCUGCAUCUCUGAUGAAGCUGUGGUACCGUGAGUUGGAAGAGCCACUCAUCCCUAUGACUUUCUACAAGCAGUGUGUGACUAACUAUGAUGAUCCAGCGGCCGCCAUAAGUGUGGUGCAGUCUCUGCCGGAGCUCAACCGACUGGUUCUCUGCUACUUCAUACACUUCCUACAGGUUUUCGCUCAGCCUUCAAACGUUUCGGUCACUAAAAUGGAUGUAAACAACCUUGCUAUGGUAAUGGCUCCUAAUUGCCUCCGGUGCCAAUCGGACGAUCCUCGUGUCAUAUUCGAGAACACACGCAAGGAGAUGUCUUUCCUGCGAAUGCUCAUUGUUCAUCUGGACACAAGCUUCAUAGAGGGCGUGGUUUAAAUUGAUCUCACUGGUGCACCAGUCGAUGGUUGACAAAUGCAAUAAUGAUAUUGAGGGCAAAAGCACACUCUUAAGGAUGAUUGUUGUUAUUUCGACUGGAAAACUCUCCACAACUGUUUCCUUUUUAAGUACAUGUUUCCUGUCCACCGUAUCAAUAUAAAGACUGUUCAGAUUCAUUCAUUGUAACAUGGCAGAAAUGUCAUGCCGAGUCAUCCUAAGUUUUUUGCAUGUUGAAGAAAUGCAUGAAAAAUGGUUUACUUGCAUUAUUGUGCACCGCAAGGGUCCGAGUUUAAAAGUAACGUGCAUGAAUGCAUCGUUUUGUGAACACUCAAACACUGUUCGCUUGUUUUGAAGAUUAAGUCAUAGUGACAGACCGUAAGAAACCACUUUAUUUUGUUGUUCACUGAGAGUAUCUUUGUGUAUUUGUGGAUUUAAAAAACAGAUACGUUUAUGUACAGGACAAAUGUAUGAAUGUUGUAUUUGUUCUUAGUUUUGUUUGAAAAACUGUAGAAAAGAGAGAAAUGGGUUUGUUAGAUUGGUUGUGACUUCUUCACACACUAUGAAAUAAAACAGUAUUUUAAGAAGUGAAGAUUUUCUAUUUUAUUUUGUAAUUUUUUUAGGAGAAACGAACACUCCCUGUUAAUCAGGAAUGAUAUUAAUGCGAAAUUGUCUGGAGAUGAAAUGGUACAUUUUCAGCUCCCACAUCCUUGUAACAUACCACUUUUAGGACAGUUUGUUCGUGAUUUAAAUAUAUUAAGUGAUACUGAAUUUAUAUGCCGGUGUAUGAUGCCUGUGAAAUAGCUUUUGAUUCAUUUGAAUGUAAAAAAAGAAAGAGUAAAUAAAAUCCAUGGCUUAAAUAAAAAGACACAGGUACCUCUGGUAUGUUCACGUUCUUUGUGAGGUUUUGUAUGUAAAUAUGGCUUGUAAAUAGUGCUGCUUAUUUUACUGACGUUACUUAUGAAUGAAAGUGAGUGCUGGGGAAUUGUUGGCAAAUAGUUGGAGGAAAAUCAAAACCUUUUUCUAUUUAGUGUUCGACUCUAUGGGCUGAUUGUAUAUGAUCAAAAUAUUCUAUACAACAUUUGGAUUGUGUAUGUGUUUUGUGUGAAAUGGAUGUUGAGGAAUAAGUAAUAAAGUUUCACAAAGAA